UGUUGAAUUAUCUUGUUCAUAGCACUGCUGCCUAAUGAAACAGGCCUUCUUUGGUACUGAAUGGAACUACCCUGCCGAUCAAAGAUAACAAAAUACAAGAAUAAAUAUAUAAAUAUGCACAUAAUUGUCUUCUUAUGCAAUGUAUCGUUUCACAGGGGCAGGUUUGGUUUUCUGCAAUGACACACGACUGAUGCCAGAAGGGACAUUCCCACCUAUAGCGCUGGCCAGCUUUCCCGGGUCAGGUAAUACGUGGGUUAGACAUCUCAUACAGACUGCAACUGGUUAUGCCACAGGAAGUGCGUAUACGAGUAAAAGACUUCUUAGCCGAGGUUUUAUAGGCGAAGGGCAACCAGCUCUUUCAGGCAGGGCUCUGACAAUCAAGACACACAGUUCAAUAAGAAUACGGUCGGUGCCAUUUUACUUUUACGCAAUCCAUAUCGAGCGAUGGUGUCUGAGUAUAAUAGACGGGAAGCUGGCAAGACGGGACAUGCCCGUGAAAAAACAUUCAAAACAGCAGAGUGGCGUAAAUAUGUCAGCGAAAACUCUGAUCGUUGGAUCGGGCUAUAUAAACAUUACAUCUCCAAAUGUCAUCAUUCGGGCAACACCUGCAAGUCGAUGAAUCGUGUAUUACGAGCAACUCAAACUGCAUCUCAAGGACGAACUGCGACGAAUCCUUGAAUACUUGCAUAUAACCAUCGAUGAAGAAAGGCUUGCAUGUGCAGUUACGAAUGCAGAGGGUCAGUUUCAUAGACCAAAGAGAAAUACAACCUUGGAUCCAUUCUCAAAGGAAGACAGGAGUUUGGUGGACAAAUCUUUGAAUUUGUAUCGCGAUUUGAUUGACCUGGAAGGAUUAGAGGAACCACCGUCAUCGCUUAGUUUCAUAUCCGAGUGAUUUAUAGAGUUGAAGACCCACUAAUUGAAUUACAUGUAUUUCCUUUGUUUUGAAACUGUAAGUAUUCCUGUAUAAUCAUUCAUCUUUUGACACGAUGAAUCAUGAUUAUCCUUUUAUACCAAUUUUCUCAUUAUGGUAUUAGCGGAAGAGCUUAGGAGUGGUACACGAACUAUGUCAGAUAUCACAAAAUAUGCAUUUGCUAAAGGUAUUACAAAGUUUUGGUACGGGGUCAUGCAUUUAGUUCAUAUGAGCAUAUUGGAAGCAUAUGCGAUCCUAUAAAAUUCAGUGAUCGUUGUCGCGGUUUAA